AAUCAAUUGGUCAAAUCACUGCAGAAACCAGAGCAGUGUGGUGUCUAAAGUUGUUUGGCGUAAUUCGUUAAGAAAAGCAGUUUUGUGUGGAGCUCCAUUCACAACGUAGAAGAUAAAAUGGAUCUUGUGGGUAAAAUUAAAAGUUCUCUCUCUCAUGAUUUACUAAUUUGUGGUCAUUUUAUUCUUUCAGCUGUUUUUAGUUAAAUAACUCCCAAUUGUGUUGAUUUCUCAUUUUAACUGUUAGAUUGUGACUUAAACUGAAGUCUAGAAAACUAAAACCAAAUCUAAAAUAAGUACGAACUUCAAAUUUCUUUUUUUUUUUUUUUUUUACUUUCACCACAUGAAAUGUAUUCAUUAGCCUAUAUUAACAGGGUUUCCACGGGGUCUUAUAUUGUACAAGAGUCUUAAUUACGAUUUCAAGAGGUGUUAAAUUUGGUUAUGGAAAGACGGUGGCGCAAAAACGGGUUAUGCAGUGCAUGGGGUGUCGCACAUAGGAGGGCGUCAUUUUGCCGAAAUCAUUGUCAAUCUUAUUUAAUAAAAUGUCAUAAAAGCUUAGCUGCUAAAUACAAUGUAAUGAAACAUUUGUAAUCAACGUUAUUUUUUGGGGGGGUUUUUUUUGCAUCUUUAAUGAGUUCAAAAAUGUUUAUUCUAAACUUAAGACGCGGAACCGCAGUAUCUCUUUGCGACCACAACAAACGGGAGACUUUUCAGACGCGCGCUUCAGCUCGCCCUCAGCACCAGGAAAAGCCUGAGAUGACCAGAGAAAUUGGGUGCCAGACUGAACCAGUCAGCUCCAGAUCUGCAGGUGUGCAGGCUAACGUGAAGCCCAUCAGGAGAAGCAAAGGAGAUUUUGAAUACUAUGGAGCUUUUGUGUGUCUCUAUUUUGUUUUGUACUUUCACUGCUUAUUGAUAACAAAUCUAUUAUUAAUUUGCGCAGCCACCCAGGCCAGAAUGCGUACAGGCACUCUGAUGGAGCCUUUCACAGAGUGUCCCGGGGCAACCUCUACACCAUUGAAGAGGAAAAGAUGUGAGGUGUCCACUGAUGACUCCAGCUACCAUAAAGAUGGAAGUGAAAGCACCAUGAACUGUACAAGGGUCUCCAAUGAAGUAUUACCCCACAAAGUGACUAAGUACAUUGUUUAUGAAGAUAAACUGCUGGAGCUUUUUAGAAGAUGCCCUGUCUGCACCUGGAGUUGUGUUGCUUCACAAACAACCAUUGGGACACUUCUCCGUGUCAAACAGCACUGUGCUCACUGCGAGUACUCCAGAGAUUAUUAUAAAAAAUAUAUUCAAUAAUCCAGUGGGGGAAGGAAACCUCUGUAUGGUCCUUCUUCAGGAAACUCUUCCCUGAUCCUGGUCACAGCACAUGAAGUGUUGGCCAAGGUACCCCCAGCACCACCUAACAACAUUGCAAUAUGCAAGGUCUCUAUAACCGCUGAAAGAUAGGUGGUGCACAUGUAUGUUGAAGUGUAUGUUAUAAAUUAUUUAUAAAAACAUUGAUCUUUCUUCCUGGAACUAACCUGUUUACAAGUGUCUCUUCCAUUUCACCAAAUAACUGGAGAUAAGUUACAUAUACAGCUUGUAACAUUUGGUAUGUGGGGGUUGUGUGUUUUGUGUAUAGUACUUAUUAA